GACUAUCUGUCAUUUGUCAAUGGACUGAAUGCAUUUGUGCUGUGAUUUGUACACAGGAACGGGAUUCGGGGAUUGUAUUUAGGUUUAUUUUCCAAGAAUUUUUUACAAUAAACAUUGAUUAGAUUUAUUUCAUUAUUAUCUAUACCGUUGAAGAAGAAAAGACAUUUCAUUCUACACUAUGUAAAAUACGUAAAAGUUGCCGAGUUCUCGUGCGAAUUGACUUGUCAACAGAUUCUAAUCAGUUUUCCCAGGCGGUCUAGAUGAAUAUUAUUAACAGGAUAUGGUAACAUGGCUGUGCAAUCUGACUCCGGCGGGAAGGACGAUGUGAAGACGCAGUUUGUUACGCGCGAGGGUACCUAUCGCUUGAUGACACUGUCGGAGUAUUCAAGACCCAAUCGUGUUGGAUACACUAGUGGUUCAGGAUCAUCUCAUGUGCGCGUGUCUCUGGUCUCCUUACCGCCUGGACCAGGUGGAGGGGCCCCAGGAGCCGAUGUACAGGCUUCUGAAGAGCGUAUAUGCUUCAAUCAUGGCAAGGAGCUGUAUGUUUAUGUUUACAGAGGUGUUAAAAAGGCAGCUGAUCUCACGAAGCCGGUCGACAAGAAGAUGUACAAGGGAACGAACCCCACGUGCCACGACUUCAACACGAUCACCGUGACGCCAGAGAGCGUGUCUCUCGUCAUCGGCUUCUCCACGGGACAGAUACAGCUAAUAGAUCCAAUUAAGAAGGAAUUAAGUAAAUUGUAUAAUGAAGAGAGGCUGAUAGACAAGUCGCGCGUGACGUGCAUCAAGUGGGUGCCGGGCUCCAGCAGCCUGUUCCUGUCGGCGCACGCGUCCGGUCAGCUGUACGUGUUCAACGAGGAGCUGCCGUGUGGGCCGGCCGCGCCGCACUACCAGCUGUUCAAGCAGGGCGACGCCUACUCCAUCCACACGUGCCGGACCAAGUCCACCAGGAACCCGCUCUACAGGUGGGUGAUUGGUGAGGGUAGUUGUAUAAACGAGUUCGCGUUCUCCCCGUGCGGCGCCAACCUGGCCGUGGUCUCGCAGGAUGGCUUCCUGCGCGUGUUCCACUACGACACCAUGGAGCUGGUCGGCCGCGCUCGCUCGUACUUCGGCGGCUUCCUGUGCGUGUGCUGGUCGCCCGACGGGAAGUACGUCGUCGUCGGCGGAGAGGACGACCUGGUCACGGUGUGGUCGUUCGACGAGCGACGAGUGGCCGCUAGAGGUCAAGGCCAUCGCUCCUGGGUUUCUGUUGUAGCCUUCGAUCCGUAUGUGGUCAGCUUCUCGGAGCAAAAUGAAGAUUCGGAAAAGAAAGAGAGCGCCCAGUGCUACAGGCUCGGCAGUGUCUCUCAAGACACUCAGCUGUGUCUCUGGGAUCUCACAGAAGACGUGUUACGGCCGCCCAUCAGAGCACGGGCUUCAACGCAUCUCUCUCCCAAUAAUAGCCAGACACCGAAUGGCGUGCCCGGUGCGAAAGCUAAAUGUGCAAAAACUAAUAAAAUCGGACACAAACAUGCGGAACUCAAUGCGAACGCGUCCGGCGAACCGUCCGGCGCGAAACCGGUCAAAAACAAUGUGUCGAUCAUCAAUGUUGGCAAGGCCAAGGAAGAAUCGGGUUCGUUGGGAGCUAACUUUACGCAGCGACUGGCCGCCUUGUCGUUCGGCGAGCGUCGCUCCGACCACAGGAGGAACUUCAGCCUGACGAAGCCGGCGGACAAGGCCAAUGAAAAGUUGAAUACGGUGGCGUUGAGAGGGAAAGUCAGCGACUACGACCCGGUCAAGUUAAUAGGUACUGCCUCAUGUCCGAGGUUCGACGAGUGUCCCGUGUUGGAGCCGCUGGUGUGUAAAAAAAUAGCUCACGAGAGACUCACGGCGCUGCUGUUCCGUGCGGAGUGUCUGAUCACGGCGUGUGCGGACGGCGGAGUGAACACCUGGGCCCGCCCAGCCUCCGGGGACCGGGGCCCCGGGGCCCACAGACUGAGUGACCGACACUCCAUACAACUAGUGGACUAGAUAUAAGUUGUGAGCAAGUCUGAUCUGUUCGUUGUGAAUCUAACGCUAUACAUUCUAUGAGUUUGGAUAGUGAAGUUAGUCUAGGUGAAGUGAGCGUAUUUGACAAACUUUGAGUGACAUUCUCUUCAAUUUUUCUACAAUAGGACAAUUUGAACAAAGGUGUGAUUGAGAGUGUCCUACAUUUUCUUGUUAAUUAUUAGUUCAAAUUUGUCAUGUGUCAGCAUCUAAGCAGUAGAGAAUGUGUCUCAUGUGUAAUAAUUUAUAUUAUUUGAUGUCUGAUCUGAUAAUCAAACACAAGUACACCUUCAAUUACAUAUACCUAUGUAGUAUGUAAUAACAAAUUUUAUAUUUAUACACAUUUCAAUGUAUAUAUUAUUUUCUUUUCAUAUAGUAUAUAUUUAUAUGAAUAAAUAAUAUUUCUUUAAUAAUAUAAAACUUACCUAUUGCAGGAUAUUUAACAUUGUAAAGGUCACCAUUCUGUAGUGUGUGUCAGACCUACAAUAGGUCCUACCGAAACAGAAGUAGAAUCUUUGGUAUCUAUUUCAGUUUCAACUGCAACCAAAUCCGUAAAUUUUUCAAAUAUAAUAUUAAAACUGUCUUACUAUACUGAAAUACUUAUACAGAAAGAUAAAACAUGUUAAAUGAAAUAAAAAACAAUCAUUGAAUGUUAAAAAAUUAAUAUUUAUUUCUCUUGAAAAAAAUGUAGCAUAUCUAACACUUUUCAAACUUGUUAACAGUUCUCACAACAAAAAUUUAAACUGGUGACGAAGAUAAACUUUUUGCUAUAUAUAAACUGCACCAAACCUUUAUUAUCUCUUUUAAUUUAUUAGUUGCUACUAUUUUCCUCAGUUCAUAUUAUAACUUUUUGCCGAGGUUGAUGCUGCAAUUAGGACUGAAAAUACUCUAAGAGGAUCCCUUAUGUAUUUCAUAAUAUCUUAUCUUUUAUUUAAAGAAAAAAUUAAGAAUAUAUCUACAUAAAUUUAUGCAAGCAUUAUGUGUAUAUGUUUAAAAAACAUGUCUUAAUAAUAUUUAACAAGUGAUACACAUGUUCUAUAGCUUAUAUUGUUGGACACACACACUUCAGUAGAGUGCUCCGACCACAUACAGUGUGGAUGGAAAUGUGACCAGUGUUAACACAUCCCUAUUACUGAUGUACUAUUGAGUAUCAAUUCUUAUUUAAAUUACCAACACCUUUAUACAAAA